GGAGGAGGGGGAGCAGAGGGAGGUGUUUCUGUCAGUUCCGGCUGUUUGUUCGGGAAGUGGAUCCGCCGCUGCCGGAGCAGCCCGGAGGGAGCUGCGGUUCGCGAGGCCAGCACCGACCCCGCCCGUCCGUGCUUGCCGUCCCCGCCCGCCAUGGCCCGGGACUACGACCACCUCUUCAAGCUGCUUAUCAUCGGCGACAGCGGUGUGGGCAAGAGCAGUUUACUGUUACGUUUUGCGGACAACACUUUCUCAGGCAGCUACAUCACCACAAUUGGAGUGGAUUUCAAGAUUCGGACCGUGGAGAUCAAUGGGGAGAAAGUGAAGCUGCAGAUCUGGGACACAGCUGGGCAGGAGCGCUUCCGCACCAUCACCUCCACGUAUUACCGAGGGACCCAUGGGGUCAUCGUGGUUUACGACGUCACCAGUGCUGAAUCCUUCGUUAAUGUCAAACGGUGGCUUCACGAAAUCAAUCAGAACUGUGAUGAUGUGUGCCGAAUAUUAGUGGGGAACAAGAAUGAUGACCCUGAGCGGAAGGUGGUGGAGACAGAAGAUGCUUACAAAUUCGCUGGGCAGAUGGGGAUCCAGUUGUUUGAGACCAGUGCCAAGGAGAAUGUCAACGUGGAGGAGAUGUUCAACUGCAUCACAGAGCUGGUCCUCCGAGCAAAGAAAGACAACUUAGCGAAACAGCAGCAGCAACAACAGAACGAUGUGGUAAAGCUCACGAAGAACAGUAAACGAAAGAAACGUUGCUGCUAAUGGCCACCCAUCCCUCUGCAGAGACUGUGCUGCGGCCGCUCCCCAGCCCGAGGCCCACGGGGGGCACCUCGGGGGACAGUCUCAGUUUCGUGCCGUUAUUUAAAGAAUUCUCUCCACGUUUUUGUAUCGGGAGGCGCCUUCGGCACUUCCCCUCCACCCCCCUCGAGUGCCAAGAAGGUGUUGGACAAGCCUGCCCUCCCUCCUGGUGCCCCUCCUCCCUGGCCCAGGCGCCUGCACACGGCGAGGACGCUGCUAGCCAAGCGGACGGAUUAACCAGUCUGUACAUAAUGUAUAUUGCUAUAACCAGCCGCAUCGCCCUCGUCCCGCUCUGGCUU